AUGUCGCUUUUCGGUACCUCUCCUGAGGACUCAGCGCCGGGUAACUCCGCGCAGAGGUCCAAGUCCUCCCUUUUCGCAGACGAACCGUCCUUCGGUGGGAAUACAGGUCAUGCGGGCUCCUCCCUCUUUGCCGACGACGAUGGCUUGAACGCCGGUUCGCUUUGGGGCAACAGUGUGAACAAGCGGACAAAGCACCAGAUUGUGAGGACCCUUCUUCCUCAAGAUGAAGUUCCCGACAGCUAUAUCGAUGCGUAUGAUCUGGUGCUCAGUGUGGGGGAUCGCGUGGGCGGCGGUGUUGGUCUGACUUCGGUCCGCGAAAUCCUGUCCAGCAGCGGACUCAGUGCCACGGAUCAGGCGAAAAUCCUGAAUUUGGUGGUUUCGGGGGAUAUGGACAGCUCCACCGGGCUGGGACGUGGCGAGUUCAGCGUGCUUCUGGCCCUCGUGGGCCUAGCGCAGGAAGGGGAGGACCUGACGUUCGAUGCGGUCGACGAUCGACGCAAGAAGCUGCCGCAGCCCAGGUGUGCCUACUUCGACGCAUUGCGCGCUAAACAAGAAUCUGCUACAUCGGCGCAGCCGUCGCAAGACCGUCCCACCACGCCUCCCGCCCCUGCCACCCCGCCGCCUGAGCCAAGCUCCGCGCAUUCACGCCCGUCUGCUCGUGGCUCCAUGGGUGGUUUUGAAGCCGAUCCCUGGGGCAGUCCUCAGCUGCAUCGAGGUCAUGCCCAUGCCCAAACCGAAUCCGAGCACCCUGUCUUGAAUGGCUACGGUAGCGUACGGUCAGGAACCAAUGCAUGGGCUAGUCGAGCGAGCGAGACCAGCGGCCCGCAGGAUGCGCCAGACAGCACCCAUCCAAAUGGAGGGGCGGGUCUGGGUCCUUCCACUUCCGCCGGCUUUGGAUGGGGAGAGAAUCUCGGGAAUACCUCGGACGGGAAUGGACUGAGAGGGCCGGUCCGAGCUGGGCUUGGAGGCUUUGGUUCAUCCGGGAGCGACCAGGGCGACCACAAUAGUCGCCGUCGGUCCUUGGGCAUGGGCCGAGUUACGGACACUCGCUUGGAGGAGGUGAUCACAAUCACUUUGCUUCCGGAAAAGGAAGGCAUGUUUAUGUUUCAGCAUCGCAAUUACGAAGUCAAGUCCGCUCGCCGGGGAAGCACCGUCGUCCGCCGGUACAGUGACUUCGUGUGGCUCUUGGACUGCCUCCACAAACGCUACCCCUUCCGCCAACUGCCACUGCUGCCACCCAAGAGAAUUGCAGCGGACUCGAAUUCCUUCCUGGAAAAGCGUCGUAGGGGACUUGUACGAUUUACGAAUGCGCUCGUUCGGCAUCCGGUCUUGAGCCAGGAACAAUUGGUGGUCAUGUUCUUGACGGUUCCGACGGAACUAUCGGUUUGGCGGAAACAGGCGACCAUCUCGGUGCAGGACGAAUUCGCAGGCCGAGCCCUUCCCCCGGAUCUCGAGGAUUCACUCCCCUCCAACCUUACGGAUCUGUUCGACACGGUCCGCAGUGGCGUCAAACGGUCGGCGGAGGUAUACAUCAACCUGUGCACGCUGUUGGAGCGAUUAGCCAAGCGUAACGAGGGGCUUGCUGCCGAUCACCUGCGAUUCUCUCUAGCGCUACAGUCGCUGACUGAGGUAACACGCGACACCUACGCCGUGGAUACGAACGAUGUGCCGUUGCUCAACGAAGGGAUCAAGGCCACGGCGCGACAUCUGUCGGCCAGUCAGAGUCUGCUGGAGGAUGAGGCUCGGGCGUGGGAGGAUGGGAUGUUGGAAGACCUCAAGCGCCAACGUGACUGUCUGGUCAGUGUCCGGGAGAUGUUCGAUCGGCGGGACCGAUACGCCCGCAACAACAUCCCUCAGUUGGAGCGCCGCAUUGAGAAUAACGAGCGAAAGCUGCAGGAGCUGCGGGCCCGGCCUCAAGGCGCAGUCAAACCAGGCGAGAUCGAGAAAGUGGAGGAGGCGAUUUUCAAGGACAAGGAAUUGAUUGUGCAACAACAUGCACGUGGGGUAUUUAUCAAAGAGUGCAUUCGGGACGAGCUCGUGUUUUUCCAGCAGAGUCAAUAUCAUAUCAGCCGACUGCAUCAGGACUGGAGUCAGGAGCGGGUCAAGUACUCGGAGCUGCAGGCGGACAACUGGCGGUCACUCAGUGAUCAAGUGGAGGGCAUGCCGUUAGGGGAAUGA